GCACCCCCGACCGCGGGCUCGGCGUCCCUCCGCCCAUCCCGGGAGCCCCGCCUCUGCGUGAGGCCUCAGGCUGCUCCUUGGGGUCAGCGCCCCGCUGCCGUUUCCCCAGGUGGGACCCCGCGUCACCCCGCGGAGCCCCCGCAUCGUCCGCCCCGGGGGCGAGUCUACAGGCGUUUGGAUUGUAGAUCGGGGCUGGGGGCAGUGCUCCUGUCCCUCGCGGUGAAGGUCCUGGGACGCCGCGUCCACAGCUCGGUGCAGCCCCCCACAACAAAGAGCUGUGUGCCGAGCGGGGAGCCCUGCCUGCGGCCUCGCAUCUCAAGUCCCGAAUGAACCAGAUGAGCUGCUUAGAAUUCAGCUGAGUCACGUACAGGGCCUCUAAGUGACGAGACGUUUCCGAUUUUAUGGUGACGUCUGGAGUCACCAUAAAAAUCUUUCCAGCCAGAUUGGUUGAGCAAGUCCAAGUGUACACACGAAGCCGCCUUCUCCCRUCUUGAGCACAUGUGCGUAGGAAUAAGAAAAGAAAAGCGUCGUUCAAAUUCAGGUUUAUGAUGAAACCAGCCUCAGUGAUCCACUGAUCUGUGGAACUCAGUGUGACCAGCAGCUCCAAGAGGGAGAGGCUGUGCAGACUUCCUAUCUCCUGCUUGUUCCAGAGCGCUCUCCCAGUGCCCCGUGGGAGCAAGAGGAGGGUCCUGUUUCCCACCACCCUGGUGUUCAGAAGCUUUGCUGUUGGAGUCACAGGAUGGCAGCCACUGUUCUGCCCCCCACUUGUGAUCAGUCCUCCCUGUGCCCAGCCCCUCACAGGAAACCAUGCAGAGGGAAGGAGGGGCUGGCUGGUGAGCUCCUGGCCAGCUGGCUACAGGACCUGGUGACCUUCAAGGAUGUGGCUGUGGAGUUCUCCCAGGAGGAGUGGGCAUUGCUGGACCCGUCUCAAAGAACUCUGUACCGAGAUGUGAUGUUGGAGAACUGCAGGAACCUGGCCUCCCUUGGGUGUCAUGUUGAUAAACACAGUUUGAUCUCCCAGUUGGAGCAAGAAGACAAGACGGUGACAGAGGAGAGAGGAAUCCUUCCCAGCACCUGUCCAGAUUUGGAUACUGUACUUAAAACCAAAUGGCUGACUCCUAAGAAGCAUGUUUUUAGAAAAGAACAGACUAAAAGUAUAAAAAUGGAAAGAAGUCAUCGUGGAGUGAAAAUCAAUGAAUGUAAUCAGUGCUUUAAAGUCUUCAGCACCAAAUCUAACCUUACUCAGCACAAGAGAAUUCACACUGGAGAAAAACCCUAUGACUGUAAUCAGUGCGGAAAAUCCUUCAGCAGCAGGUCUUACCUUACUAUUCAUAGGAGAAUUCAUAAUGGAGAGAAACCCUAUGAAUGCAAUCACUGUGGGAAAGCCUUUAGUGAUCCCUCAUCCCUUAGGUUGCACGUGAGAAUUCACACCGGAGAAAAACCUUAUGAAUGUAACCAGUGUUUUCAUGUCUUCCGCACUAGUUGUAACCUCAAAAGCCACAAGAGAAUCCAUACAGGGGAGAAUCACCAUGAAUGUAAUCAGUGUGGAAAGGCCUUCAGCACCAGGUCCUCUCUUACUGGACACAACAGCAUUCAUACAGGGGAGAAACCGUAUGAGUGCCAUGAUUGUGGGAAAGCCUUCAGGAAGAGCUCCUAUCUGACACAGCACGUGAGAACUCACACAGGAGAGAAACCCUAUGAAUGUAACGAGUGUCGGAAAUCCUUCAGCAGCAGCUUUUCUCUGACUGUGCACAAAAGAAUACAUACUGGAGAGAAACCCUAUGAGUGCAGUGACUGUGGGAAGGCCUUUAAUAACCUCUCUGCUGUUAAGAAGCACUUGAGAACUCACACUGGAGAAAAGCCCUAUGAAUGUAACCAUUGUGGGAAAUCUUUUACCAGCAACUCUUAUCUCUCUGUGCACAAGAGAAUACAUAACAGGUGGAUAUGAGUUGUGAUGAGAAAUGACUGGAAAUCUCUAUGAGAAAGCACUUAUUGACCUCUCACCCUAAGACAACCUGAGAGAACUCAACCAGGUAUACAAGUUAUCUGUUUCUGCCUAACAAAUCAUUCCCCAAAACUUUGACUUAAAACAAGAAGCAUUUAUUAUUUCACAGUUUCCAGAAGGAAUUCAGGAACAGUUUAGCUUUGUAGUUCUGGCUCAGGAUCUCUUGAGGUUUCAGCCCAGAUGUCAGGCAGGGCUGUGGUCAGCAGGUCUUUGCUAAUGAAGGGUCCAUUUCCAAGAUGGCCCUCACAUGCCUAGAAUGUCGGUGCUGGUUGUUGACAGGAGACUUCCUGACCACAUAGGCCUCUCCACAAGGCUACGUAGCGUUACGACGUGGCAGCAGGUUCCUCCCAAAGCAAGUGAUUCAAGGGAGGGCCACUGAAGAAGCCAUAAUGUCCUACCACCUAGGCGCAGAAGGAUGUUUUCACCUCUUUCAUAUGGAAUUGGUCACAGAAUGAUUGUGAUACUGUGUGGGAGAAGACUACAGAAACAUGAGUAUCAGGAGACAGAUCAGAGACCCUUCUUAGAAAGUUGCCAUGAAAUUAAUGAAGAAAAGCUUUCAGCAGACCCUCAUCCUUUUAAUCAUUGUGACAUAGCCUCAGUAAGCUCUCUGGUCCAUCCAUUCUGGAGAGAAACCUGUGAGCACCGUCUCUGUGGUAAAGCUUUCAGCCCACACUCAUUCCCACGUGCCCGAAAGAUUAUGUAUUGGGAAAAAACUGAGGAGUGGAAUGACGAUAGGAAACCCUUCAGUAAUAGCUCCCACUCAGGGGAAAGCCCUCUGAAGGUCAAAAGAGUGUGUGUCUGACACACGUGAGAUCACACAACAGAGGAAGACUUCAGAAAUGUGUAAAACCCUGUGGCCCAAAUGUCCACAUUACUGACCACGAGACAGUGAGGUAUGCCCACAGUGACUAUGGGAAAGACUUGAGAAUGUUCUGGUUUUUUCGUUUUGUUAAGUACUGGAGCUUGAACACAGGGCCUUGCGCAUGAGUGCUCUACCACUGAGCUACACCMCCAGCCCUUUUUGAGACAGAAUUUUGCUAAGUUGCCCAGACUAGCCUCAAACUUGCAAUCCUCCUGCUCCAGCCUCCCACGUAGCUGGAGUUAAAAGACAUGCACCCCCACAUUUGACUUGUUCUCUCACUUUUUUAAAGACGAAAAUUUAUUAACACAAAGAACAGGGAAAGCCUUCAAGGAUGCCUCUUGUGUUAAAUGGUCCCUGAAUGCAAAACCUAUAAGUGUGUCUGGAAGUUUUUCAGUGAUUCAGGAACUCACUGGAGGACACCAGGGGACACCAGGAGUGGAGUCUGUUAGAUGCCUCCGUCUCAGCACUUCAUGAAUGACUGCAGAAUAAUCUGUACUGGAAACGAACGUACAGUGAGUGUAGAGUCCCCUGCCAACAUGUCACCUGCAGGCUGGGCCACUAGCUCAUUAAUUUUUCAGUCUGUUUUUUUGUUUUGUUUUGUUUUUAAUAUUUUCUAAG